CUCGGGUUCACCGCUGAACCCGUGUCUCUUGUCUCCGCGAUCUAGUUGGUCUUUGGGCCGGGUUGAUUGUUUAGAUUAGAGUCGUCGAAAUGUCAUUGUUACCCCCCGAGGUCCACUCGGCGCUCUCGCAGCUGCUGCGCGCGCUUUCCACCCCCGACAAUGCAGUCCGUACCCAGGCGGAGGAACAGUUGAACAAUGACUGGAUCCAGGGCCGCCCCGACGUCCUGCUCAUGGGCCUGGCAGAGCAGAUCCAGGGUGCCGAGGAUGUGCUGACACGUUCCUUCUCCGCCGUCCUGUUCAGAAGAAUGGCCACCAAGACGCGAAAAGACCCCAUCACAAAUGAGGCCAAGGAGCUCUUUUCGACUCUCACCGGAGAACAGAGGUUGAUCAUCCGUCAAAAGCUGGUGACCUGCCUGACGUCGGAGUCCGUUACCGAUACCCGCAAGAAGAUUGGAGAUGCCGUGGCCGAGAUUGCCAGGCAGUACACCGACAAUGGCGACCAAUGGCCCGAGCUCCUGGGCGUUCUUUUCCAGGCCAGCCAGUCCCCCGAGGCCGGCCUGCGCGAAACCGCGUUCCGCAUCUUUUCGACCACCCCCGGUAUCAUCGAGAAGCAACACGAGGAGGCCGUUGUUGGCGUGUUCAGCAAGGGCUUCAAGGAUGACGUCGUCUCAGUGCGCAUUGCAGCCAUGGAGGCUUUCUCGUCUUUCUUCCGCUCGAUCACCAAGAAGUCCCAGCCCAAGUUCUUCCAGCUCAUGCCCGACUUGCUCAACAUCCUGCCCCCGUUGAAGGAAUCGACCGAGAGCGACGAGCUCUCCUCCGCCUUCUUGGCCCUGAUCGAGCUGGCGGAGAUCUCCCCGAAGAUGUUCAAGAGCAUGUUCAACAACCUCGUCACGUUCAGCAUCAGCGUGAUUGCCGACAAGGACCUCAGCGAUCAAGUCCGCCAGAACGCGCUGGAGUUGAUGGCCACCUUUGCCGACUAUGCCCCCACAAUGUGCAAGAAGAACACCGAGUUCGCUCAGCAGAUGGUGACCCAGUGCUUGAGCUUGAUGACCGACAUUGGCGUCGACGAUGACGAUGCUGCCGAGUGGAAUGCGUCGGAGGAUCUUGACCUGGAAGAAAGCGAUCUCAACCACGUCGCCGGUGAGCAGUGCAUGGACCGUCUGGCCAACAAGCUGGGUGGCCAGAUUAUUCUCCCCGCCACCUUUACGUGGAUCCCCCGCAUGAUGUCCUCCUCUGCCUGGCGUGAUCGCCACGCCGCUCUGAUGGCCAUCUCCGCCAUCUCGGAGGGCUGCCGCGACCUGAUGCUCGGCGAACUGGACAAGGUGCUGCAGCUUGUGAUUCCCGCUCUCCAGGAUCCCCACCCGCGCGUGCGCUACGCUGGCUGCAACGCCUUGGGCCAGAUGAGCACCGAUUUCGCCGGUACGAUGCAGGAGAAGUACCACGCGGUGGUACUGACCAACAUUAUUCCCGUGCUUAACAGCACCGAGCCUCGCGUCCAGGCGCACGCGGCCGCAGCUUUGGUCAACUUCUGCGAGGAAGCGGAGAGAAAGGUUCUGGAGCCGUACCUUGGCGAUCUCCUGCAACAUCUCCUGCAACUGCUGCGCAGCCCGCAGCGCUACGUGCAGGAGCAGGCGCUCUCGACGAUCGCGACGAUCGCCGACUCCGCCGAGAACGCAUUCGACCAGUACUAUGACACCCUGAUGCCGCUGCUGUUCAACGUCCUGAAGGAGGAGCAGUCCAAGGAGUACCGUCUGCUGCGCGCGAAGGCCAUGGAGUGCGCCACCCUGAUUGCGCUGGCUGUCGGCAAGGAGAAGAUGGGUCAGGACGCCCUGAACCUGGUGCAGCUGCUGGGUAGCAUCCAACAGAACAUUGUCGAUGCGGACGACCCGCAGUCGCAGUACCUGCUCCACUGCUGGGGCCGCAUGUGCCGGGUGCUGGGCCAGGACUUCGUUCCGUACCUCCCCGGAGUGAUGCCGCCUCUGCUGGCGGUUGCGGCCGCCAAGGCCGACAUCCAGUUGUUGGAUGACGAGGACCAGAUCGAUCAGGUGGAGCAGGACGAGGGCUGGGAGCUGGUGCCUCUGAAGGGCAAGAUCAUCGGCAUCAAGACCAGCGCGCUGGAGGACAAGAACACGGCCAUUGAGCUGAUCACGAUCUACGCUCAGAUCCUGGAGGCCGCCUUCGAGCCCUACGUGCUGGAGACGAUGGAGAAGAUUGCCGUUCCGGGACUUGCGUUCUUCUUCCACGACCCCGUGCGGGUGUCGUCCGCCAAGCUGAUCCCCCAGCUCCUCAACGCAUACAAGAAGGCCCACGGCGAGCAGUCUGCUGGGUUCGCCAGCAUCUGGACCAAGGUGGCGGAGAAGAUCAUCGAAGUUCUGAGUGCCGAGCCCACGGUCGACACGCUGGCGGAGAUGUACCAGUGCUUCUACGAGUCGGUGGAGGUGGUGGGCCAGAACUGCCUCACGCAGCAGCACAUGCAGGCGUUCAUCGAGUCGGCCAAGUCGACGCUGGAGGACUACCAGGUGCGCGUGAAGGCGCGUCUGGAGGACCGGGCGGACGCGGAGGAGGGCGAGGACGACAGCCUGGACUACGAGUACGCGGUGGAGGACGACCAGAACCUGCUCAGCGACAUGAACAAGGCGUUCCACACAAUAUUCAAGAACCAGGGGCGGACGUUCCUGCCCGGGUGGGAGCAGCUCAUGGCGUUCUAUGACGCGUUCAUCACCAGCCAGGACCCGACGCAGCGGCAAUGGGCGCUGUGCAUCAUGGACGACGUGCUGGAGUUCUGCGGGCCAGAGUCGUGGAACUACAAGGACCACAUCAUGCAGCCCCUGGCGGCGGGCCUGCAGGACCCCAAUGCGGCCAACCGGCAGGCGGCGGCGUACGGGGUGGGCGUGGCGGCGCAGAAGGGCGGCGCGCCGUGGGCCGACUUUGUGGCGGCCUGCCUGCCCAGCCUGUUCCAGGCGACGCAGAUUAACCAGGCGCGCAGCGAGGAGCACGUGUUCGCGACGGAGAACUCGGCGGCCAGUAUCGCCAAGAUCCUGCACUACAACUCCAGCAAGGUGUCGAACGCGCAGGAGGUGGUGGCGACCUGGAUCACGACGCUGCCCAUCACGUUUGAUGAGGAGGCUGCCCCUUACGCAUACUCGUUCCUGGCGCAGCUGAUCGACCAGCAAAAUCCGGUGGUGAUGUCCAACGCGGACAAGGUGUUUGGAUACAUCGUGCAGGCGCUGGAGGCGGAGACGCUGCAGGGACAGACGGCAGGGCGAGUGGCCAACUCGGCGAAACAACUGGUGGCGGCGACGGGGCUGAACGCCGAGCAGAUCCUGGCGGGCGUCAACCCGGAUUUCCAGGCGGCGGUGCGCAGUUAUUUCCAGUGAGAGUGGAUUGUUAAAGAGAGAAAGAGAGAUCUAUUGUCAUGAUCAUUCAUGUUAAAUGAGGUUUGCGAUGCGAUGAUGUUAAGGAUAAGGAUAUGGAUAUGGAAUAUCGGUUGUUUCUUUUUCUUUUUUUUUUUUUUUUUCUUUUU